AUGCCCGGGCCAACCACGCCUGCACCAACCCAGACUCCCGCAACAAAGCCUGCGUCAACAAUGCCUGUGUCGACCAUGCCUCCGUCCACACCGCCUGCCCCAACCAAGGUUGCUGCAACAAAGGCUGCGAAAACUUCUACUCCGAGGAAGACUGCGAAGCGCUCAGCUUCCGCUAACGAAAAAGAGACACCAAAACGGGCCCGCCUCACGCGCGGCAACACCGGGGACUCUGCCACCGUGACCCCCGAGGUGCUGCCCGACGCCUCCGCCGAAGACCAGACCGGCAUCCUGAACAGAAACAAUGGCCUGUGCCUGCACUGCGAGGCGUACAAUGAGGUGGCUAAAGACAUGUGGCAGAGCACAGCGGACACGUGUGGUGGCGGCCAACAAGCCAAGGGGCAGACACCUGGAGAAGCGUGCCAGACCUGCCAAGAAAAGGGUCUGCCAUGCAGCUUCGAAGAUGCCCGCAUCGACGAGGGGGAGAGCAACACCGGGAAGCAGUACGAGAGGGCGAAGCGGCUCGCCAAGCGAGAGCUGGCGCUCCUGAAAAAGGUCGAGGACAUGCAAACCGAGUUGAACAAACUCAACGACGAUGCGGAUGAGGACGUGUUGAUGAACCGGAGGUACGGCGACACAUUGAGAAAAACCAAACAAGAGGCCAUGAAAUCAGCCAUGGUCGAGGUCGACAAGUACAAGGCCGACAAAAUCAUGGCGAUCGAUGCCGAGCUCCAUGAACACAGAAUCAGCACUUCGGCACGGUUCACCAUCGAUCUUGAGAAACAAAACGCUGCCAUGAAAGCCACGUGGGAGGCUAAGAUCAACACAGAGAUGCAAGCCGAACGGAGCAAACGCAUGCAACAGUUGUCUGACGAUAUGGAGCAGCAGAGGAAGGUGACGCUCCAAGACGAGAAAGACCUUCUUGCCUCGAGGAAGAAGAAGGAGGCCGAUCUCGACACGGAGUUCUCCCUCAAGCGGGAGCAGAGGGAGCUCGACCUCCAGAAAUUGAUGUCUUCCAAGGAAACGCAGUUGAUGACCGAAUUUGACACGAAGCGGGUGCAGCAGAACUUGGAUCUCGAGAAAUGGAAACACACAGAGAUGACGGCGAUCAACGAGUGCGUGGAGAAAGAAAGAGCCAAAAGAUUCGCCGCGGUGACGCAAGAGCUCAAUGGCCUUAUCGUGUCAGUCAAAGCUCGGGAGGUCGAGGUCAUGCACGGAGUUCAGAAGCAGUUUGAGACCUGGAAGAAUCAGUACGCCCUUCAACUGCGGAAUGUGUUCGAAUCCAGCAAGGCCCUGAUGAAGGCAGAGGUGAAUGCCGAGGUCUUGUCACAGGUCGAGAACCUGAGGGGCACCAUCACCGCCGAGGUGAAUAACAAGAGCCAUAUCGAGAAGCUGAGCAAGGGUGUUAACAACAUGAUGGCCCAGAUGGCGACACAGGAGGAAAGCCACAAGACACAGAUGGCGGAGAUGAGGAGCCAGAUGGAAAACCAGAUCCAGCUCAACACGCCCGUGUCUGCUACCCUCGGGGAGGGCAACGACGGGUUCUCGACACAGCAGGUGCCACACGCAACAUUCGACAUGUACCCGGGCCUCCACCCACGACAAGUCAAUUCGUCGACCUUCACCGAGGCCAGUCUCCCAACGAAAGCUCCCACCAAUGAGUCGACCAGCGCUCAGUAUGGUAGCAGCAGCACGACUGGGGAUGAGGGUGUUUCUUCCGACGUUGUUCCAUCCAACUCCACGCCAACCAACGCUGCUGCGAAGGGUUCGCCUACACCAACGUCUAGUGGCACGGACUCCCAGGAGCAGCAGUCCAUGUCGUCUGGAGGAGUCUCCCACAAUGCGGCUCCCUACCCCAACUACCCCGUGAACAACGGAGUUGCCGGGCAGUCACCAUACCCUCUGUGGGUGCCGAAUCCGCAGGCUCCGUGGAGUUCGCCGUUGAGUACUUCGUACAACUAUCAACAGCAGUACUAUGGUCAAAGCCAAUACUAUGAUCAGUAUCAGUACUAUGGUCAUCCCCAAUACCACCCGGGGCCGCAACAGUAA